AUGAUCGGCAACUCUCAGCUUUUUCUUCUUAGGCUCGAGGGCACUGAAGUCACCCUUCCCAGCUCCGACUCACUCAACAUCCGCGGCGACACAUGGGUGAUUGAUAAGAAGCUCAACGAAGUCUCUUGCAUGACCACGCGCGAGGACCUUGACUCAGGUCGGACUGUGCCAUCUUAUACGAUGGGAAAGUUCUUGUGCCACAGGGUGGGAGCCCUCGCCGAGUCCGCCUUUAUGAGAAUCUACUCCCAAGUCCCGAUUGAAGAUACCCAGUUCCUAAGCUCUGAAGUUCGAGCUCAACAAGCAGUUCCUUCUUACCAGCACAGUGAGAUUAUGGCAUUGAAAAGGUUUAAGGAAGGUGGCUGCACAGUUGUGCCCGAGCUUCUUGGGUACAGCGAAACUGUUCAAGGCAAGGAUGGACUCAUGCCUAGAGGGUACAUCACGUACCUCGUGUGGGACAAAGUCCCAGGGCAGUCGUUGUCAAGAGAACUCUUCUGGUCAUUUAACAAACCCAAGCGAGAUCUCAUUCGUCGAAAGUUUCGAGUCGCUCAUGAGGCUUUGACAUCCUUCGGCUACCUGUCAAUAAUAAAAACCCCAGCUAAGCUUAUUUGGGACCAGGGUUCCUCCCAGCUACACAUCUCUGGGUUCUCGACAGCGAUCAAAGUCGACCCUACCAAGGAAUGGAAUGAUGACGUUUUCGCGAUGUAUCAGCUGGUGAAGCGACCCAAGAUUGGCUGGGAGGAUAUCGCCCGAUGGGAGAGGUGA